UAUUUCGGCAUAAACACAGUAAAAAUAUACGAAUAAAAUACACACUUGAGAGAAAAAAAAUUAGGGCCAUAGGAAGGUUGCAGUCACACAUUUGCCAAAACCGAAUCGAAUUGACUGCAGAACGUGCGGCGCACAGUGAUAACCACCCACUAUUUGGCAAUAAACGAGGCGACUAAUUGAGAACGGGCUCCGUUGGGGAAGCAGGACAAAUGGCGGAAAACGGAAUGCGUGUGGGCCCAGGGUCAUCCGUAGUGGCGGCAGCGGUAGGCGUUGUGGUUGCGACGGGCGGCACAGUUGCCAGCAAUGGCGAGCACGAGAACGAACAUAGUGCGAAUGGGGAUAUCGAAAAGGCUCAGCCGGCGCCGGCCAUUCAGAAAUAUAUGCAGGAACUGAUGACCGAGCGGUCGCGCAUGGAGAACCAUUUUCCAUUGGCAGUCAAGCUAAUCGACGAAGCUUUGGAGCGGGUGCAGCUGAAUGGGCGCAUACCCACGAGAGACCAGUACGCGGAUGUCUACCAGCAGCGCACCAUCAAACUGUCGCAGAAGGUGCACGUGCCCAUCAAGGAUAAGAAGUUCAACUAUGUCGGCAAGCUGCUCGGCCCCAAAGGCAACUCGUUGCGACGUCUGCAGGAGGAGACGCAGUGCAAAAUCGUCAUACUCGGUCGCUUCUCGAUGAAGGACCGGGCACGCGAAGAAGAGCUGCGGAACUCGGCAGACGCUAAAUACGCCCACCUGAAUCUUCCGCUCCACGUCGAAGUAUCCACCAUUGCCCCACCCGCCGAGGCGUAUGCCCGCGUGGCCUACGCCCUGGCCGAGAUUAGGCGCUACCUAACACCGGACAAGCACGACGACAUUCGCCAGGAGCAGUACAGGGAGCUCAUGGAGGAUCCCGAGGCGGCCAAGAAACUAACACUGCGACAGCUCCAGCUGCAGUCGAAUGUGGCUGCCAGCAGCGGACCACCUCUCUCUGGUGGCAACAAUGGCAACGGCAACAAUCGCUCUGGCGGCAACUACAGACACAAGUUUCAGCAGCAAUCGCAUUAUCACCACAACGAAGAGACUGUCUACUAUCGCUCACACACAAACGCCUACCACCAGCCAAAGCCCUACGUGCCACCCAAUCAGCGGGGAAAUGCCAUGCACACGACUAUGCAACCUCAGACGAUUGUGCGAGCCUCGCCGCCCGGCAUGGUGGUCAGUGCGGCCAGCUUCAACGGGCGGAAUGCCGGCAUGGGCAAUGCCGGUGGUGGCGGUAUAAUGGCCAAUAGCAUUGUGGCCACCACAGGCGGCGGCCUCGGUGGCACAGUGCAGCAGACCAUGCGCUACCGUCCCGCUGCCCCCUACCAGUUUGUCAAGAAAUAAUAUACAUACAGCGCACAGUCAUUGUUGAACCAUUUCGCGGCCACACCAUCACCGUCAUCACCAUUGUCCCAUCCCCACGGAUCCACGCCCAUCCACGCGAUCACACACGCUGCUCCAAAGGUAGAAGUAAUCAUUAUAAAAAACAUUGAACAGAACAGUUUAUCACACAUUGAUGUUUACCAAUAUUUCGAGAAAGUGGAAACCAAAACGAAACGAAUCGAAUCGGUAAAUGUAUGAUUAAGAAAACUAGCCUAAGUAGACGAAUGCUCUAAGAAACAGAUGACGAGGAGGAUCGAUCACUCUACCCCCCAGCCACCACACACGCACACACACACCCCACCCCCACCUGUACACCCACACACACACAUGGCCACACGGCACUCCUCGCGCACUCGGCAAAUAUAAUUCGGUUAUUCGGCAUCGGGGGAAUUUGCGCUGGGAAAAAUUGUAAUCUGCGUGUGUGUGUGAGUGUGUUGUGCUCUGGACUCUGCGAGCAUUUGGAAGAGCCCGAACACACCUCAAUGUGGAUCGAGUCGAGUCGAAUCGAAUUGAAUUGUUUUUUUCUUUAUAUAUUCAGGAAGGACCACAGUUGGCCCAAAUGUCCUUGUUUUUUUUAUGUUUUUAAUCUUGAUUCUUUACUAUUAUUAUUAUUUUUAUCAUUAUUAUUUUAUUUUUGACGAAUACGUUUUCAUUUAAGAAUAUAUCCUUUCAUAUAUAAGUAUUUACGUCUGCAUAUACGUACGUAUACCCCACACUCCCCCGCAGCUGCUUGAACUUUAUGUAUGCUUUAUUUAUCCAUCUCCCUGCGUUUUUAACCUACCAUUUUGUUUAAUGCAUUUUUUAUUACGUUUACGAUUAGAGGAGGCUUAUUAUUAUUAUUAUUUUUAUUCGUUACGUUGCCACGACAAAAAAAAGAAAGAAACCUAUUUCAGAUGAGAGUAUGAAUAUAAUAUAUAUAGAUAUACACCCAAACACCCACAAACACACAUACACAUACACACAUAUAUAUUCAAA